AUGGCGGCUUAUCCCCGCAGUGGGUCUCCCAGCCCCGGCGGCAGCGUGCCGAGACAGUUGCUUGACCAGAAGCGAACCCCGCUUCAGCAGGCUCCCGGCCAGAUAAUGAUAAGCAAUUUCAACAUGAUAGUUAGUGCACACAGUCUGGGUCAGAUCUGCAGCUUCAUCUCCAGUGGAGAUAAGUGUGUUACAGAAGAAGAAGAAUACGACGAGCCUCCACGGUGCAAGGCGGGACAAGAUGUUGUGCUGCAGUCACCUGUCGACUGGGUGCUCUUGGAUGGCCGAGGAAGCUCAGACGACCGUGGAAUUGUGCAGUACGAGUGGUUGUUGGUGCAAGGUGACUCGUCGGUGGAAAUGAAGGUACCACAACCAGGAACACUGAAACUGUCUCACGUCCAGGAAGGCGGGUAUAUUUUCCAGCUAACUGUGACAGACACCGCAGGUCAGCAGAGCUCUGACAACAUCUCUGUGACCGUUCUGCCCAUGGUUCAUUCUGCAGCAGCCUGUGUCGGGGUUUGCUCUCGCUACCAGUUUCUCUGCGAUGAUGGCUGCUGCAUUGACAUCACGUUUGCUUGCGAUGGCGUGAGACAGUGCCCUGAUGGAUCGGAUGAAGCUUUCUGCCAGAACUUCAGCCCGGGCCGGAAGACGGUGACUCAUGUGGCUCUUGGCACUACCCAGCAAAGGACUGUAGGACUGACAGAAAACGCAGAUGAAAACUUCUCUGCAGAAAACACCCUGAAAGCCACUGCCAGAGAUCAACCACUUCUUGCAGUGGAUGCAGACGUGUCUAACCAAUCGCUUUCUCAGGGACCAAAGAAACAAAUCAGUGGAUUUGUGCCAGAUAACAGUUCCUCAGGGAAAAGAACAGAUGAUAAAAACGGGAAUGGCAUAACUGUGCCGAAGAGAGAUCAGCUUGGAGGUGGCCGUCCAGUCCCAGAAACAGGUGCUGUGUUACCCUUAGCCUUAGGCUUGGCCAUCACUGCUUUACUGCUGCUUAUGGUUGCUUGCAGACUGCGUUUAGUGAGACAGAAGCUUAAAAAAGCUCGACCCAUUACAUCCGAAGAGUCCGAUUACCUCAUUAAUGGGAUGUAUCUCUAA